CGGGACGUGGCCUUGCAGUCAAAUUUGAGUGCGCUGGCCCUUUAAGAUUUUAAGGAUUUGGGAGUGACGCGGAUAUGAAACCCAGUUAGUUUAUCCUUUCCUUCGCUAUGAAAACUAUUUGGACAAACUAGAUUAACAGCUGCCUGACGGCGUUAAUUACACAAUUAUGUUGCCGGUUUACUCGACUUGUUGAAGGACGCGAGCGACGCUGCGUUGUGCCACGACGGGUGGAAAGUGUUCCACCGCCCGCCUUUCAGGGAUUAUACUCGGAUAACUUUGGAGAAGUUCUUUGUAUUCGGGGCGGUCGAGUGGGCUUGGCCAGCGGGCUGAACAUGGACUGGGGCACCGAGCUUUGGGACCGAUGUGACGUCAUCGAGAAGCACACGCAUUCUGGGAUCGACCUGGUGGAGAAGUAUGUGAAAUUUGUGAAGGAGAGGACUGAGAUCGAGCAGAACUAUGCAAAGCAGCUGAGGAACCUGUCAAAGAAAUUUAAUAUAAAACGGAUGGGCAAAGAUGAACCAGAUAGCAGGCUGACCAGCUACCAGUCGUUUAUAGAAAUCCUGAAUGAGUUGAACGACUACGCGGGCCAGAGGGAGCUGGUGGCCGAGAACAUGCUUAUGAACAUUUGCGCCGAUCUCACCAAGUAUCUGCAGGAGCUCAAACAGGAGCGAAAGUCGUAUCUGAUGGAAGCCAAGAAGGCCCAGCAGGCAUUGGAGAGUACCAACAAGCAGCUAGAAAGUAGUAAAAAGCGCUUUGAGCGGGAGUGGCGAGAAGCGGAACGUGCGGCCCAGAGUGCGGAUAAGACGGACCAGGACAUAAAUGCAACCAAGGCAGAUGUUGAAAAGGCGAAGCAACAAGCUCACAUGCGAGCGCAUGUUGCGGAGGAGUGUAAAAAUGACUACGCCGCUCAACUCCAAAAGUUCAACAAGGAACAGAAACAGUUUUAUUUCACCGAUAUGCCACUCAUCUUUAAUAAAAUGCAAGAGCUGGACGAGCGUCGAAUGCGAAAGUUGGCGCAGGGCUACAUCCUGUUCUCAGACACAGAGAAGCAGGUGAUGCCCAUCAUUGGCAAGUGCCUGGAGGGCAUCACCAAAGCUGGCACGAACGUCAACGAGAAAAAUGACACGUUGGUGGUCAUCGAGCAGAACAAGUCGGGCUUUGAACGUCCUGGCGACGUAGAGUUUGAGGACUACAGUCAGGGCAUCAAUAGGGCGUCCUCGGACAGCAGUCUGGGCUCGCCCAAGGGCCCCAUUGACCUUUUGGGCAAGAACAAAAGCAAAAACUUUUGGCUUUUCAGCAAAAAGACCAAGCUCUCCCCGUCCACGCUCCCACCUUUCUCGACCCCUCCUGCCCCCUCGCCCGUUAACGGACCCUCGUCCCCCAAGUUUGGCCGGGACCCCCUGUCGUACUGUUUGAAGGAGAUCAAUAAGACAGUCAAACCCAGAAUCUCGUCCUUCCGCACACUCAGGAGAUCGCCCCCAGUCACCGAGGACUUCACCCACCUCCCUCCGGAGCAGCGCAGGAAGAGGCUGCAAGAGAAACUGGAGGAAACUGGUCGAAAGUUGCAGAAGGAAAUAGAUCAGAGUGAGGCCCUGGGGAAGAUGAAGGAUGUUUACGAGAAAAAUCCAGAUCUGGGAGACGCCGCCAGUCUGGCACCUCAAAUCAAUCAGACGAAUCUGAACAUAGAACGCCUCAAGGGGGAGCAAAACAAGUAUGAGACUUGGCUGGCUGAAGCGGGAGGCCGAGGCGACACGCCACGUUACAAACCUCACUUCAACAACAAUGACACUCACGAACCGCUCAGCCCGGACGGCGCUCACUCCGACGGAGGCACGCCCGACACCUCUUCCCACGCCAUCUACGCAGAGUUUGACGACGACUUCGAGGAUGAGGAGUUGGCGGCUCCCAUCGGGAACUGCACCGCCAUGUAUAACUUUCCCGGCGCCAGCGAAGGCACCAUCGCCAUGAAAGAAGGAGAAGUCCUGGCCGUGGUGGAGGAAGACAAAGGCGACGGUUGGACACGUGUCCGUAGGAGCAACGGGGACGAAGGCUACAUCCCGACAUCCUAUGUCUCCAUUUCGCUCCAUAAAUGACAUGCACGCGAGAACAAAAAAGGACUCCCUUAAAAAAGCAAAACAAAAAAAACAAAAACUAUUAUCCAGUACGACCCUAUGGGAGCCAUCAUGAAGACGCUACAGUGCCUAUGGGCGGGGCCAGAGAUGCAUCCAGGAAGUAGAAGAUAAGGUUGGCUAAUACAAGUGUAGUCCCAAAUUAGCAAAAGCACGGUGCUAACAACGGUUUGCUCUUCUUGUAAUCCCACUUUACGAAAAACACGCAGCAAUAUUUUCCGUCACGGUACAAGAACACAAAGUGACGAUUUUGCUUCCGCGUUAAAAUGCGCAACAUAAUAUCGUGUGAGAACGUGACAGAGUGACACCUCGAGUGUGUUUUCGUCGGUUGGUCGACAGCAGACAAUCGUAGGCAUAUCGCUGUUGUCCUAACUCAAGCAAGGACAUAGUGGUUACUUUUGCUGCAUUCUCUACUCCAUGUAAUUUAUUACAAAUGUGUAUGUACUUUUUUUUUUAUUUGUCAGAUGUCGCGCUAUGAAUUUAGUAGUUUUUUUUUUUUUUUAAAUGACCUUGCACACGUAGCGGACAAUGUAGUCACAAAAGGGAGCAGAUGAAUGCACAUCAAUUGUGCAAGUAGUGACUAUUGUAUUUAUGUAAGAUACGCUUUAGACACCACCAGACCACUAUUGUCUUAUUAAACUUUUAAAAUUAACUCGUUGGCUGCCAAUGACGGCAAUAGGUGUCCGAUCCUUUUGAAGGGGGCUGGCAGCGAAUGGUCAUUCCUCCCACUUCAAACAAAUUGGACAUCUACUAGUGACAAACUCGCAGCAGAAGGAUGAUCGGACUUCUAUCAUCGUCAUUGGCACUGAGUUCGGAUUUUUACAGUGUGAUAGAGAAGUAAAAAAACGCUAAUUCAUCUUACUGUGUUGCUCUUACUUUGUCUUAAUUCUGAAGUUUAUUUUAAGCUGCGUUUCCCAGGAAUCAUUCGGUGCCUUUAAGGUUAGAUUCAACUUUGUGUGUGUGUAUGUGUGUGAAUAUUCACCAUUUUUGCAUUAAAAUAUUUUUCUUGGUCCAAAACUAAAUAAAUCUGGAGCACAUUUCAAAGUUAAGUGUCAUUUAUACGCCUAGAUAAAUCAAGUACUGGACACGUGCUUCAUUUUCUGUUAGGGCUGCAACUAACAAUUAUUCUCAUAAUCUAUUAAUCUGACAAAUGAAAUGAAAUGUUUAUUGUCAUCAUCAUCGGUAUCAUUGACAAUUACAAAUGUGAUAUGAUUAGCCCGAAGAAAGAAAGAACCAAGGAAAGACAAGGGCAGACGGGAGAAGCAUAUGCUUAUCAAUACCUGUCCCCCUACAGCCAAGGACGCACAAUCAAACGGUAGAGUUGCAUACAUCACAUUACAUGAGCUUUUUUAAAACAUUUUUUUAAUUUUUUAAAUUUUUCACAUGAAUUAUCUUCCCAAAAGUUAUUAAUUGCCAUGGCACUUUAGCAAUGUUGUCGAUUAGCGUGAGUUUAUUGAUUAGGGUGAUCAUCAAGUUUGUAUAGGGAGGGAUACCCGAGGGAGUCAUGGAGGCCCACAUCCGCUGCAAUCCGCUCAGGUGGGUUAGUCGUCAUCCGCCCUGGCCCGGUUCCCGCGAGCGAGCCUUUCUUGAUCCCAGAUCUCCGUAAUGAUUUUCGUCACCAAUUGAGCUGCGGCAUCACUAAACGCUGCUUGUUCCUUCUUCACCUGGGACAAUUCAUCACCGGCCUUGUUGACAGCGUCGCCGAUGUUACGAGCAAUCUCCAUUGCCUCUUUGUGUGCCGCAUCACUCUCACCGAGAAUCGGUGUAUCCAGAGGGCACCAAUAAGCAGCGGGAGGGCGAGUGCCAGCAGCGAGCCGAAGAUAAAGAGGUCCUCCACGUCCUCAAUCUGGAGAGCCGUCAAGCAUAUGGGCCUCCAUUUCCCCCAGGCAUCCUCCGCAUAUCCAGACGUGAAGGUGUUGGCCGGACAUGGCCGUUGGUUAGGUGUGGUUGCAUUGUUGAAAAAAUUCUGUCCAGUGAACUCCGCGUCCAGUCAAGCAGCUCCAUUAUAUACGGUUGUUGAGAUCACACGGCAGGCACGUACACGAGCAGAUUAGCGAUCUGAGUUUGCUACAGGGCAUAUUUUCCGGGCGUACAAUGUUGUGACUUUGUCUCUGUCCCUGACAUUCCAUCAUCUAUUUGUUGUGGGAACAUUUUGUUGUGGCUGUGUGUAUGGCAGUAGUGUUAUGUGUUAUAACUGGUGUUCAAGUAGCGACUCAAAAUGCUUUCCUUACAAGUCUUUUUGAAGUAACCAAAUGAUUAUAUGCUCGUAAGUGCUGGGUCACUGGUAUUCCAUAGGCGAGCGCCAAUGUUUGUAACCAAAAAUGAUUUUAAGGUUGUUAUGACUUUCCGAUAAGAAAACAAUCUGGUUCCUAUCAGGUCGUAAUUGGAUUCCCUCAGUUGGAAUCGAACUUGUAGGUUAGACGGGAGACCGUUUGAGUGGGCCUUGUUCAUCAUUUGAACAGUUUUGAAGUUUAUCGGGUCAUAAAAUUUUAAUAGCUUGAAUUUGAUGUAGAGCUCAUUUGUGUGUGCUCUGAACGGUGCGUUGUGAAUGAUCCAAAUUGCUUUCUUUUGAAAGAUCAAAAGAGGAUGGAGGUGAACCUUAUGUGUGUGUCCCCAGAUUUCCGAACAAUAAUUAAGAUGCGGCAAGAUAAGUGCAUUGGAAUUAAACGAUUAAUUGGAUAAAUGUCACUUUUACCUUCAUAAUUUAACGUGAAGUUGUUGUAAGCAUGUUGUAAGUAACAAUGAUGACAAAACGGAUGACCAUUUCCGUCAAAAAUAUUUUAUUACAGCAUCCUGGCUUAACUGUAGUCUACAACUGUUCUAAGUAUAUACAGUGCCCUCCAUAAUUAUUGGCACCCCUGGUUAAGAUGUGUUUUUUUUAGCUUCUAAUAUAUUUUUUUAAUUCAAACAAUAUGGGACCUUAAUGGAAAAAAAGAGAAAAAUCCAACCUUCAAUACAAGUGCAUUUAUUCAGUGGAAAAAAAUCCCACAUAAAGAAAUAAUUAUUUGACAUCAAAUAAUGUGUGUCACAAUUAUUAGCACCCCUGGUGUUAAUACUUUGUACAACCCCCUUUUGCCAACAAAACAGCACCUAAUCUUCUAUAAUGUUUCAUAAGCUUGAUUUUGUGUCUGGUGAAUCAUUUCUGUGUAGAUCUGUAAAACUUUUUAAUAGUCUAGUUUUAGUCGACGUUUCUAAAAAUAUUUUCGUCUGUAAAACUACAUAAAUUUACUCCAUAAAUAAAUAAAGGUUUCCAGCUAUUUUGAAUGAACAUUGGCAGACGAGCACAUAUUGUAGCAUCUACAAGACAACGCCAACUUGGUGAUAAUACACACUCAGCAUUACAUUAUUUUUGAUGAAGUAUACCCAGCUGGAUGACACGAGCUGCAGUUAAAAAAUGUUUUCAGAGUUUAAGAGGACGCUUGCGGUUAGCAUUAGCCUAAUGCGAAUGCUAUGCUAAUGCUACGAGUUACAAUUAGGCUAGGUUCAUACUACAGGUCUUAAUGCACAAAUUCGAUUUUUUGUCAUGUUUUUUUGGUGUGCUUGUUCAGACUGCCUUUGUCCAUUGAGACCAUUCCAGUAUUACUCAUGCGCACUAAUUCGCAGUCCGACACACGCUGAGCAAGAAGACCCGCAUGCGCAGAAACAUCAAACAAAUGGCCACACAUGCUGGCUGUCAUCUGUCAUUCCAGGGAUAUAUUUUGCUUUUCAAAAAGAGGACACAAAUAACAGACAUCGAUAAUCCCCGUUUAGGCUUAUAUUCAAAGUUUAUAUGGAUUGAUAGCAUGCACGCACUGUCCAUGCAUGUCACACACACAUAUGGGCAGUUUGCCUCGACUCUCGGCCGUGUUAGCAAUGUUCAAAUAUUGCUCGUAUAGAGCAGAGAGAAAACCGAUCAUUCUCAGGCUUAUCCUCAACCCAUUUACCCAACUACACAUUAAAUGUCACACAUUGUGACAGAAACUAUUGCGCAUUUGGCAUUCAUCUAGUUAUGCUUUAAUCUCCAAAAUCACGUUUUUAGCUCGUUAUCGUCUCGUCAUAAAAAAAAGUGUUCGUUGAUGAAAUAUUUUCGCAAUCGACAUUGUUGAAAAAAAUAACACUGCUGGUAUAUGAAUGGAUUUAUGCAUGUUAUACGUGUUUUAUAUAUUAAAAAUGAGUUAUUGUUUGUUAGAUAGUAAAGUAGUCUCAAGUGCUAAUAUGCUUCUCCAAAACACAAACACACUUAAGACACUGAUUAGCAAAACCGUUAACUAGCUUAGUGCAUCAUUCUAAAUAGUAACGUCUCAUCAACAAAGAAUGCUGACAAUACUAUUGGCUUCAUUAACUUGCCUCUGACGGAGGCACACUGGAUCUAACAACACAAAAGACAAUCUAACUCUUGACACUUUGUACAAUGAUUGAUUCAGCAACCCGACCUGAGUGUAGCAGUGAACUCUCUGUUGCUCACUCGAGCGCGUGUAUCCUCGCAUUGCACACGAAUAAGGACCCAAACUCAUAGCUGUCCCUGUCCGCAAAAAGCGAUUAGCAAAUUCGUUGACAACUUAUUUAUAAAGUGAUUUUAAUCGGUUUAAUCGAUUAGUUGUUGCUGCUUUAAUUCCUAUGCUAUAUGCAUUUUCUGGAAAUGAACAGAAUUCCGGUUUCAAUAAAUCGUAGAAAAAGUAUCUGAACCUUUUGGAAUUUCUCCCACUUCUGCAUAAAGUUACCUUCAAAUGUGAAUGUGAAAAAAUAUUUGUUAAAAUCUCAUAGAUAAAAAAAAAAAAAAAAAAAACCCUAAUAUUUUAAUGAGGAUAUUAUGCAAACAAUGACAGAAGGGGCAAAAAUAAGUCUUGAGAACCAUCACAUUUAAUAUUUUGUAGCCCCCCCCCCUUUGGCAGCAAUAACCUCAACCACACACUAAGUAAGUAAGCAGAGUAAAAAGAGGGAGAAAAAUACCACGACUUUCGUGUCUAAUUUUUCACCGCCAAGCAAGCGUUACAAUAUUAAAUCAAAAUUAAUGAAAACUAAAUACUAUUGAAUAUGUCAUCAUUAUCAUUUUAAAAAUUUAAGUGACGGGUAAAAAUAGAUUAUGACCGGAUUUUUAUGACCCUGUCAGUCAAAAUGACAUACAACGAAAAAGUCUAGCG